AUGCAUAGUAUUAAAAAUUUAACGUUAAUUAGAACCGAUGAUUUUUUUUUGUUUGGACUUAUGCUGACAAUCUCAGCUGCAAUCGGUGUAUAUUUCGGUUUUAUACAGAAGGGCGAAAAUACAGCUGAAGAGUAUUUAAUGGGCGGAAGAAAAAUGAAAUCUAUACCGAUUGCGGUUUCUUUAAUAUCAAGUCAGAUGUCAGCGAUUGCUAUAAUGACAAUUCCAAUUGAAACAUAUUUGUAUGGUAUGCAAUAUUACACGAUGCUUUUAUCAAUACUAUUAGUGUUACCAAUAUUGCUAUAUAUUAUUGUACCAAUUUUUUAUAAUAACAACAUAUCAAAUUGUUACAAGUAUUUAGAAUUGAGAUUUGAUAAAAGGACACGAGAAAUUGUUACUAUGACAUUUUUAUUAAAAAUUUUUUUACUAAUUCCAAUUUAUAUAUUUGUACCAUCAUUGGCAUUCUCACAAGUAACUGGAAUUAAUAUUCACCUUAUAAAUGGAGUUGUUUGCUCGAUUUGCAUAUUUUACACAAUGCUGGGUGGAAUAAAAGCGGUAGUAUGGACAGACGUAAUCCAAGCGACAAUUAUGUUAUUUUCAGUUUUUUUAGUAGCAAUAUCAGCUAUAUAUAAAGUUGGUGGUAUUAAAGAAGUUAUUGAAAGAGCUGAAGCUGGAAGUCGUUUGUAUAUGUCAAAUUUUACUAUAGAUUUAACAACACGUACUACUGUUUGGAAUACAUUAUUAGGUGGCACUGCACUCUGGAUUAGCCAUAUUGGAGUACAUCAGAGUUGUGUUCAACGAAUAGUAUCAUUACCUUCUUUAGCUCAAUCCCGAAAAUCUUUAAUAAUUUUUGCACUAGGAUUUUUUCUAAUAAUGUCACUGAAUAGUUUUACCGGUAUUAUUAUGUAUGCACGUUACUAUCUUUGUGAUCCAAUCAAAGCUGGGAUAGUGGAAAAGCAAGAUAAGUUAUUACCAUUCUUCAUUCAGGAUACAAUAGGUCAUAUAAAAGGAAUGCCAGGAAUUUUCAUUUCAUGUGUAUUUAGUGCAGGUUUAAGUACAGUUUCAGCUAAUUUUAAUACUGUCGCCGGAAUAAUUUAUUUUGAUUAUAUUAGUCCUUCCAUUAAAAGUACCGAUGUUGACUUAAAAGCGAAUUUUUACAUGAAACUAAUUGUCGUCGUAUGUGGUAUAUACUGCAUUUUAGCAGGUUUUGUUGUAGAAAAAUUCGGAUCUAUUUUUCAAAUGACACUAACAAUCAGCGGAAUUUCACAGGGUGCUGUUGCAGGAACAUUUCUUUUAGGAAUGUUAGUACCCAUUGCCAAUGCUAAAGGUGCAUUUUAUGGCAUUGUGGGCAGUGUAACUAUCGUUGGUUUUAUAGCCCUUGGAACCCAAUAUCAUGCUUUAAAAGGUCAUAUUAAAUAUCAACCAUUACCUGUUAGACUGGAUGGGUGUAAAAAUGAGUUCAAUUUCACAUUAACAAAUCAUCAAAUUUUUAGUAUUAAUGAUGUGGCAAAUUCAUCAAUACCAGAAAAUAUUUUCAUAUUACAUAAAGUUUCAUUUUAUUGGUACGUUUUCUUCGGUUGUGUUUUAGUAUGGCUAAUAGCAAUACCAUUUAGUGUAAUAUGUAAAGAUAAAAAGAGCAAGAUAAAUAUAAAUUUGUUCUCACCCGCAAUACAAAAAUGGAUACCGAACAAUAUGUUGUCAAAUCAAGAGCAAAACAUUAUAGAAGAUGAGCAUUUAUUACGUAAUAAAAAUUUGAGGAUUGUACAAUAACACUACCAUAUAUAAAUUACAAGAACAUGUAUAAAGAAACUAUGGUAAACCACUUCAUAAAGUUACAGUUAGAAAAAUUUCGAAUUUUAAGCUUUAUAUCUUAAUAUACUGUAAGAUUUUU